UGUUUUUCCAUCUGAUUCUACGUAUUUUUUAAAUAAAUAUCAACUAUUGCAGUUUUAUAUGUAAAGUAUUGAACAUUAAAUAUCAACAUGUAUAUCAUAACAAGAAUUGUAAUAACGAUGACAGCUUUCUUAAUUUCAUGCAAUGCAGACGACGAAUUUUGUUGCGGCAAAUUUGAAGAAAUAACGAAUUGCGCCAACACUUGCACCGAAAAAAAAUGCAUUCCUGCUGGUGAAUCGAAAAUUUGUCCAAUGUAUUGUAAGAAGGGGUGUGUUUGCAAAGAAGGCUUCGUCAGAAUAUCGGAUAAUACAGAUCAAUGCAUACCAGAAUGUCUGUGUCCAUUUUUAACACCAUUUAUAGAAGAACAAACUUCUUGCUUUCCCUGUGGUAAAAAUUCACGAUAUACCACUUGUGGGAGGUCAUGCCCUGAGACUUGCAACCCUUCUGAAUAUGAUACCGUCCGUUGUUCGUCUGAUCAAAAUUUGGUAGGUUGUGUUUGCAACCCCGGCUUCGUCAAAGUAUCCAAAGCAAUAGACAUUUGCAUACCAAAAUUUUUGUGCAGUUUUUUAUUGCCUUUUACCACCUAAAGUCUAUGUAUGUCAGUUGUCUAUAUAAAUGAAUUAAAAUCAAUAAUUUUUAAAGGUAGGUAUAUUUGGUUAUUAAUUAUCAAUUUUGAAAAGGGAGACCCUUCGAUUGAGUUUAAAUGUUUAACAUUUACUCCUUUAUGGACUACAUGUUAAUACCUAAAAGGAUUUUUGGCGACUAGAACCGGAAGAGCUAAUAAUUCAUCAUUAAGUUUGCAGGCAUUGACAUAACUAUAUUCAUCGGAUAAAGCCUUCCCUUAAUAUAAAUACAUAUAUAAUUAUAAAUAACAAAGUAGAUAGGUAUGUAUACUUACCAACACUAGAAUAAUAUUUAUGUGUAUUUUUGGUUAAUUAUCUAUCUAGUAAAUUUUAA